AUGACGUGUGGCCAGGGGAGCACAAAGCUGCGAAGCGAGAGCUUCCUGCUGGAGAAACCAGCAGGCCGCUGCCAUAGGCUGCCUUUCUUUAGGCUGAUGCACCCGCGCAAGCUGGGCCUGAGUGACAAUGAAAUCCAGAGACUUCCUCCUGAGGUUGCCAACUUCAUGCAGCUGGUGGAACUGGACAUCUCCCGUAACGACAUUCCAGAAAUUCCUGAAAGCAUCAAAUUCUGCAAAUCCUUGGAAAUCGCAGACUUCAGUGGGAAUCCUCUCUCCAGGCUUCCAGAGGGCUUCACACAGCUUCGGAGCCUCGGCCAUUUGGCCUUGAAUGAUGUGUCCCUGCAGAGCCUCCCCAAUGACAUUGGGAAUUUGGCAAACCUGGUGACUUUGGAGCUACGUGAGAACCUGCUAAAGACUCUCCCCACUUCACUCUCCUUCCUUGUCAAGCUAGAACAGUUGGAUCUUGGUGGCAAUGACCUGGAAGUGCUGCCAGAUACUCUGGGAGCGCUACCAAACCUGCGUGAGCUUUGGUUAGACCGGAACCAGCUCUCAGCCCUGCCUCCAGAGCUGGGCAAUCUUCGCCGCUUGGUCUGUCUGGAUGUGUCGGAGAACAAGCUGGAGCAGUUGCCCAAUGAGGUCAGUGGGCUGGUAGCAUUGACGGACUUGCUCCUGUCACAGAACGUGUUGGAAGGCAUUCCAGAUGGGAUUGGUCAGCUGAAGCAGCUCUCCAUCCUCAAGGUGGACCAGAAUCGGCUGACAGAGGUGACAGAGUCAAUUGGGGACUGUGAAAAUCUGUCAGAACUCAUCUUGACAGAGAACAUGCUGACAGCCUUACCAAAGUCCCUCGGCAAGCUAGCCAAGCUGACGAACCUCAACGUAGAUCGGAACCGGCUAACAUCCCUUCCAGCUGAGAUUGGAGGCUGUGCCAAUCUGAACGUGCUGUCCCUGCGAGACAAUCGCCUGGCCCUCCUGCCACCAGAGCUUGCCAACACCACUGAGCUUCACGUCCUGGAUGUGGCUGGGAACAGACUGCAGAACUUGCCAUUUGCUUUGACAAAUCUUAACCUGAAAGCCCUGUGGCUGGCAGAAAAUCAGUCCCAACCCAUGCUGAAAUUCCAAACAGAGGAUGAUGAAAAGACAGGAGAAAAAGUUCUUACUUGUUACCUGCUUCCUCAGCAGCCCUCUCCUAGCCUAGAGAAUCUUUUGCAGAACAGUGUGGAUGAGAGCUGGACAGACACCAAUUUAAACAGAGUCAGUGUUAUUCAGUUCCUGGAUGAACCCAAAGUAGAUGAUGAAGAGGAGUCUGGAGCUGAGAGACGGGGCUUACAGCGCAGAGCAACCCCUCAUCCCAGUGAGCUGAAGGUUAUGAAGAAAGUGAUUGAAGUUCGGCGCAGUGAGGUGUCUGCUGCAAAGCCUGACCAGGACCUGAAUUCUCCCAACUCAGAAGAGAAGAGGCUGAGCGGCGUGUCAAAUCGCAGUGAGGACUCCCACCUUUCCAACAGCACUGCCUCGGCUGACUUCAGGGGAGAGGAGCAGGGAGAGGAGGGAGAGAGGAACUGGCCGAAUGGGCAGCAUAAAGAAGCUGCUGACCAAGAGGAGGAAGAUGUGGAACCCACUGUGCACUUUGCUGAGGACACACUAAUACGGAGUGAGGAUGAGGAUGAAGACGAAGAGCGACCAUUCCCAGUGGAGAAACAGAGGCUUAUCCGCAAGGACACGCCCCAUUAUAAGAAACACUUUAAGAUAACUAAACUGCCCAAGCCAGAGGCAGUGGUGGCACUCCUGCAGGGGCUGAACAGCGAAGGAGUCCCCAAAGAGGAAGAGGAGUUAGGAGGCUGCAAUAACAACGCAGAGCCCGAGGAUCAGGAGGGAGCAUGGGAUGAGGAUGACAGAAAGAAUGGAGCUUUAUCUGCUCAGCCAUCAGUGAAGGGGGUGUCGUUUGAUCAAGCCAAUAAUCUGCUGAUUGAACCUGCUCGCAUUGAGGAGGAAGAGUUGACACUGACUAUCGUGCGGCAGACGGGGGGGCUGGGCAUCAGCAUCGCAGGGGGCAAGGGCUCCACCCCCUAUAAGGGUGAUGAUGAGGGCAUCUUUAUCUCCCGCGUGUCAGAAGAGGGUCCUGCAGCUCGUGCCGGGGUUCGUGUUGGGGACAAGCUUCUGGAGGUGAACGGCGUGUCCCUGCACUGUGCUGAGCAUCACGUGGCGGUGGAAGCUCUGCGUGGCUCGGGAAGCUCGGUCUCCAUGACAGUUCUGCGGGAGCGGAUGGUGGAGCCGGAGAAUGCCAUCACUGUCACUCCGCUGCGCCCGGAGGAUGACUACAGCCCUCGGGAGAGGCGAGGUGGUCUGCGCUUCCCAGAACGCCCCGAGGGGGUCCCUCCCACAGAGCGAUAUUCCACCUGCCUCGUGCGCAACGAGAAAGGCCUGGGCUUCAGCAUCGCUGGUGGCAAAGGCUCCACACCCUACCGGGCUGGCGACACGGGGAUCUUUAUCUCACGGAUUGCAGAGGGUGGUGCAGCCCAUCGUGACGGCAUCCUGCACGUAGGAGAUCGGGUCAUCUCGAUCAAUGGGGUAGACAUGACAGAAGCCAGGCAUGAUCAGGCAGUAGCGCUGCUUACCGCAUCCUCCCCCACCAUCGUGCUGCUGGUAGAGAGAGAGGGUGCAGAGCAGCCCAGCGAGGGAGACUCACCAGGCGUGCCACGAGUGCGCAUGCACUCCCCACCACCGCCUCCCAGCCAUGGGGAGAGCCCACCGGAGGAGACGCCUUCGCUGCAAAGGAGCCAUCAGUCUAAAGGCCUGGAGGAUCAAUAUCCCAUUGAGGUUAUUCCCCGUGGACUGGCAUCUCGCAGCGGGCUCCGUGUAGGGGACAGGAUCCUGGAGGUGAAUAGUAUUGACCUGCGCCAUGCUACCCACCAGGAAGCGGUGAAUGCCCUGCUCUCCAACACCCAGGAGCUGACUAUGUUAGUAAGGCGAGAUCCACCACCACCUGGUAUGCAGGUGAGCUCCUCUGGGGCUGCCGCGCGGGAUGGCCGUCUGAAGGUGGGAAUGCGGAUCCUGGAGGUGAACCAUCAGAGUUUGCUGGGAAUGACGCAUACAGAAGCAGUACAGAUACUCCGCAGUGUGGGUGACGCUCUCCUUGUGCUGGUGUGUGAUGGCUUUGAUCCCAAGGCUGCAGCUGCCAUAGAGAUGUCCCCAGGAAUUAUUGCAAACCCUUUUGCUGCUGGUAUUGGGCGCAAGAAUAGCCUGGAAAGUAUCUCUUCUAUUGAUCGGGAUUUAAGCCCUGAAGAACUGGAGAUCCUACAGAAGAACAUCACCAGUGAACCUUUGAGACUGGACUAUCGGACCCUGGCUGCUUUGCCCAGCAGUGGCUUACAGAGAGUCAAUCGCAAUCUUGUUCAGUAUAAUAAGGCCAGCUCCAGAAUGGAGGGCGACUGCGCUACGCUGUCCCUGCCAGUGGCGCAGGACAGCCGGGAUUCAUACCCAGAAGCAGCUGCAGGCCUGAUCAUCAGAAGCAUGGCUGGCCUUCCUCAGGACCCUGCAUCACCCGACAAGUGCACGAGAGGGGCCGGAAAGCCCCAGCUAGACGAGCAGGAUCCCACGGGUUGCCCCUUGUCCCAGGACCAGAUGCCAAAGGCGCCAGAGCAAGAGUGCAUGGUCGACUCUCAGCCGAUCCUCUUCAGCGAGAACCCCUUUGUGGUGGCGAACCGCAGGGGGAAAGCAGCAGGCAAGGCUUGCCUGGGGGGCCCACCGCUGGGCUAUGGCAGGGAGGGAGUGCUGAAGACCAACCUCUACUCCAAGCUGCUGGGGCUGGCUGUAGGCUGGCUCAGCCGGAGCCGUGGCGAUGGCUCCUGCGGGCGAGUCUGGGACAGGAAAUUCCAGGCGUGA